AUGUCUGGAUCAGGAUUCUCUGUCUACGUUGGAAACGCUCCAUACCAAACCACCGAGCAGGAGAUGGGAGAUUUCUUCGCCACCGCCGGAGAAGUCACCAACGUCAGAAUCGUCCUUGACCGCGAAACCGGACGCCCAAGAGGAUUCGCCUUCGUCGAGUUCGCCGAGGAGGCCGGAGCCAACAGAGCCGUCGAGCAAUUCAAUGGAACCGACUUCAACGGAAGAUCUCUUCGCGUCAACCUCGCCACCAGAUAA